AUGACUUCCAAGUUGAUCGCUGUUCUUGGUGCCACCGGAAACCAAGGAGGUUCCGUCGCCGACGUCUUUUUGAAAAGUCCCGGAUGGAAUGUUCGAGCUAUCACACGCAAUCCCUCAAGCGAUAAAGCUUAUGCCUUAACAGUAAAAGGUGCUCAAGUUGUUCAAGCUGACCUGGAUUCCCCCGAGUCACUCGAGAAGGCCUUUCAGGGAGCUCACGUGAUCUUUGCCGUCAGUGACUUCUGGGGCCUUUACGGUGACCCAGCAAAUAAGGACAAGCCCAAUCCUGAACAGCCGUUGAAUGUUUGGGCUGAGCAUGAAUCCCAGCAGCUCCAGAACGUUGUGGAUGUUGCGGCGAAGGUUACCACUCUCGACCGAUUUAUCAUCUCGUCGCUCUCCAAUGCAACUAAGUGGUCUAAGGGGAAGUACACUCACGUAUACCACUUUGACUCUAAAGCCGCUGCGACUGAGUAUGCAGAGCAAACAUAUUCGGAAUUGUGGAAGAAGACGAGUGUCUUCCAGGCUGGUUUCUUCCUUACCAAUUUUCUUGGGAAUCCAAUUCAUGACGCCCAAGAAGCUCCCGAUGAAGAUUCGGGGCCAUUGGUCAAAGUUCUUGUGGAGGAUGAGCCGGGCAAGAACUUAAAAGGAUAUCGAACAUGGGCCACUAUGAAAGAGCUUGCGCAGGUACUCUCUAAAGUCACGGGGCUCAAGGCGGAGGUGGUCACGCUGCCCAAGAGCGAACCACUUGUUGGAGUGCCGCCAGAGCUGGCCCAGGAGCUAUCUGACAACUUUCUCUACUGGAACGAGUUUGGAUUUGAGGGCAGAGAUGAUCAUACAAUUGUUCACCCAACAGCUCUUGCCUCACCCUCGAGCCUCGAAAGCAUUGAGGACUACCUACGCAAGCAGGACUGGGCGAAGAUAUUGCAUUGA